UAUUCAGUCUAUGGUUAGAGGUGUGGUGUUUGUUGUGUUUUUAAAAUGAAGGGUUGUAAACAAUUAAUGAUAGAGUGUAUUUGAUAACAAUAAGCUGUUUAAAGCUCUUACACCGUGUUUUUAGACAACUAUAACUUAGCGAUGUAUUGGUGAUUCCAAACGCGUGCAUACAAGCUCUGUAUGAACUUCUACUUCAAGAGAAUAUAAACAGUCAUUCUUUAACAAGAAGCGGGCCAGACGAUCGGACGAUGGCGACCGAGAAGGUCACCCUGACCGACGCCCUGUCCAACGUGGACGUGCUGGACGAGCUGACCUUGCCAGACGAGCAGCCGUGCAUCGAGGCCCAGCCCUGCUCGAUCGUGUACCAAGCCAACUUCGACACUAAUUUUGAGGAUAGAAAUGGCUUCGUCACUGGCAUCGCCAAGUACAUAGAGGAAGCCACGGUUCACGCCAGUCUGAACGAGCUGCUGGAGGAGGGCCUGACGCACGCGGUGAUGCUGUACACGUGGCGCUGCUGCUCCCGUGCCAUCCCGCAGCCCAAGUCCAACGAGCAGCCCAACCGCGUCGAGAUCUACGAGAAGACGGUGGAGGUGCUGGCGCCCGAGGUGCACAAGCUGCUCGACUUCAUGUACUUCCAGAGGAAGGCGAUUGAGAGAUUUUGCGGGGAAGUGAAGCGACUCUGCCACCAAGAAAAGCGGAAAGACUUUGUCUCGGAGGCCUACUUGCUGACUCUGGGGAAGUUCAUAAACAUGUUCGCCGUGCUGGACGAGCUGAAGAACAUGAAGUCCAGCGUGAAGAAUGAUUACUCGACGUAUCGCAGGGCGGCGCAGUUCCUGAAGGUGAUGGCGGACUCGCAGACGCUGCAGGAGUCCCAGAACCUGUCCAUGUUCCUGGCCACGCAGAACAAGAUCCGGGACACGGUGAAGGAGAACCUGGAGAAGAUCCCCGGCUACGAGGAGCUGCUGGCGGACGUGGUUAACAUCUGCGUGCACAUGUUCGACACCCGGAUGUACCUGACGCCCACCGACAAGCACAUGCUGGUCAAGGUGGUGGGCUUCGGCCUGUUCCUCAUGGACAGCGACCUGUGCAACAUCAACAAGCUGGACCAGAAGAAGAAGCUGCGGCUCGACAGGAUCGACCGCAUCUUCAAGAACUUGGAGGUGGUGCCGUUGUUCGGAGACAUGCAGAUAGCCCCGUUCAACUACAUCAAGCGCUCGAAGCACUUCGACCAGUCGAAGUGGCCCCUGUCCAGCUCGACCAGCACCAGUCCCCAGGCGGACCUCAUGGUGCACCUGCCGCAGAUCCGCGAGGACCACGUCAAGUACAUCAGCGAGCUGGCCCGCUACAGCAACGAGGUGACCACGACGUACAAGGAGACCCGCACGGACGCGGAGAACAAGGACACGGCCGACCUGGCGCUGCGCGGACUGCAGCUGCUGUCGGAGUGGACGAGCGUGGUGACGGAGCUGUACUCCUGGAAGCUGCUGCACCCCACGGACCACCACCAGAACAAGGAGUGUCCGCCCGAGGCCGAGGAGUACGAGAGGGCGACGCGGUACAACUACACGGACGAGGAGAAGUUCGCCCUGAUCGAGGUGAUAGCCAUGAUCAAGGGGCUGCAGGUGCUGAUGGCGCGCAUGCAGACGGUGUUCGCGGACGCCAUCCGGCGGAACAUCUACGCCGAGCUGCAGGACUUUGUGCAGCUGGUGCUGAGGGAGCCGCUCAGGAAGGCCAUCAAGAACAAGAAGGACCUGAUCCGGAGCAUCAUAGUGUCGGUGCGGGAGACGUGCGCGGACUGGCAGCGCGGCAUGGAGCCACACGCCGACCCGGCUCUCAAGGGCAAGAAGGACCCGGACAAUGGCUUCGGCAUUAAGGUCCCGCGCAGGAACGUCGGCCCGUCGUCCACGCAGCUGUACAUGGUGCGCACCAUGCUGGAGAGCCUGAUCGCAGACAAGUCCGGGGGCAAGCGCACCUUGCGCAAGGACAUAGACGGCCAGUACCUCAUGCAGAUCGACCAGUUCCACAAGACCUCCUUCUACUGGAACUACCUGCUGGGCUUCAGCGCCUCGUUGCAGGACUGCUGUGACCUGUCGCAGCUGUGGUACCGCGAGUUCUACCUGGAGAUGACCAUGGGCCGCAGAAUACAGUUUCCUAUUGAGAUGUCGAUGCCGUGGAUUCUGACCGACCACAUUCUUCGCACCAAAGAACCCUCUAUGAUGGAGUACGUGCUGUACCCCCUGGACCUGUACAACGACAGUGCGGUGUACGCGCUCACCGUGUUCCGCAAGCAGUUCCUGUACGACGAGGUGGAGGCAGAGGUGAACCUGUGCUUCGACCAGUUUGUGUACAAGCUCAGCGAGCAGAUAUUCGGUCACUACAAGCAGCUGGCGGCCAGCAUCCUGCUGGACAAGGGCUUCCGCGUGGAGUGCGUGCGCAUGGGCACGUACUUCCUGCCCUACCCCAGGGCCAACCGCUACGAGACGCUCCUGAAGCAGCGCCACGUGCAGCUGCUGGGACGCUCCAUCGACCUCAACAAGCUCAUCACGCAGCGCAUCAACGCCGACAUGCACAAGUCCCUGGACCUGGCCAUCAGCAAGUUCGAGGCCGGAGACAUCACCGGCGUCGUGGAGCUGGACGGACUGCUGCAAGUGAACCGCCUGUGCCACAAGCUGCUGUCCAAGUACCUGGCCUUGGACGAGUACGACGCCAUGUUCCGGGAGGCCAACCACAACGUGCUGGCUCCCUACGGCCGCAUCACGCUGCACGUCUUCUGGGAGCUCAACUACGACUUCCUGCCCAACUACUGCUACAACGCCGCCACCAACAGGUUCGUGAAGUGCCGCGGCAUCAUGUUCACCCAGCCGGUGCACCGAGACAAGCCCCCCCAGAUGGGGCACCACUACCUGUGGGGCAGCAAGCAGCUGAACCUGGCCUACACCACCAUGUACAGCCAGUACACAGGCUUCGUGGGGGCACAGCACCUGCGCACCACGUGCCGCCUGCUGGGCUACCAGGGCAUCGCCGUGGUCAUGGAGGAGCUGCUGAAGGUGGUCAAGAGCCUGGUGCAGGGCAACAUCCUGCAGUUCACCAAGACCCUGAUGGAGGCCAUGCCCAAGGUGUGCAAGCUGCCUCGCUACGACUACGGCUCCCCCGGCGUGCUGGGCUACUACCACGCGCAGCUCAACGACAUAGUGCAGUACCCCGAUGCCCGCACGGAGCUGUUCCACAGCUUCCGGGAGUUCGGCAACACCAUCCUGUUCUGCCUGCUGAUGGAGCAGGCGCUGUCCCAGGAGGAGGUGUGCGACUUGCUGCACGCAGCGCCCUUCCAGAACAUCCUGCCGCGCCCCUUCUGCAAGGAUGGAGAGAAGCCCGAGGCCAAGCAGAAGCGGCUUGAAGCGAAGUACGGGUCGCUGCAGAUUGUACCGAACGUGGAGAAACUUGGAACACCAAAACAAGCGAUGAUAGCGCGGGAAGGGGACCUGCUGACCCGCGAGCGUCUGUGCUGCGGGCUGUCCAUCUUCGAGGUGGUCCUGAGCCGGCUGCGCAGCUUCCUGGACGACUCCAUCUGGGUGGGGCCGCCGCCCACCAAUGGCGUGAUGAACGUGGACGAGUGCACCGAGUUCCACCGCCUGUGGUCGGCCCUGCAGUUCGUGUACUGCAUCCCCGUCGGCGACACGGAGUUCACGGUCGAGGAGUUGUUCGGCGAGGGCCUGAACUGGGCCGGCUGCACCAUGAUCGUGCUGCUCGGCCAGCAGCGUCGCUUCGAGGCGCUCGACUUCUGCUACCACAUCCUGCGAGUGCAGCGCGUCGACGGCAAGGACGAGAACGUCAAGGGCAUCGCUCUGAAGCGGAUGGUGGACCGCAUCCGCAGGUUCCAGGUGCUCAACUCGCAGAUAUUCGCGGUGCUCAACAAGUUCCUCAAGUCGAGUGACUCGGACGUGAUGUCGGUGGAGCACGUGCGCUGCUUCCCCCCGCCCCUCCACCCCACGCUGGCCGCCCAGGCGCACUACUACCGGCCGGAGCACCUGCGCCAGACCGUGCAGCACUGAGCCCGCGAGAGAAGCCCCUAGCGUGCAAGAGGAGUCCCUAGCUUGCAAGAGGAGUCCCUAGCAUGCAAGAGGAGUCCCUAGCUUGCAAGAGGAGUCCCUAGCUUGCAAGAGGAGUCCCUAGCUUGCAAGAGGAGUCCCUAGCGUGCAAGAGGAGUCCCUAGCUUGCAGGAGGAGUCCCUAGCUUGCAAGAGGAGUCCCUGGCUUGCAAGAGGAGUCCCUAGCUUGCAGGAGGAGUCCCUAGCUUGCAGGAGGAGUCCCUAGCUUGCAAGAGGAGUCCCUAGCUUGCAAGAGGAGUCCCUAGCUUGCAAGAGGAGUCCCUAGCUUGCAAGAGGAGUCCCUAGCUUGCAAGAGGAGUCCCUAGCUUGCAGGAGGAGUCCCUAGCUUGCAAGAGGAGUCCCUAGCUUGCAGGAGGAGUCCCUAGCUUGCAAGAGGAGUCCCUAGCUUGCAAGAGGAGUCCCUAGCUUGCAAGAGGAGUCCCUAGCUUGCAGGAGGAGUCCCUAGCUUGCAAGAGGAGUCCCUAGCUUGCAAGAGGAGUCCCUAGCUUGCAAGAGGAGUCCCUAGCGUGCAAGAGGAGUCCCUAGCUUACAGGAGGAGUCCCUAGCUUGCAAGAGGAGUCCCUAGCUUGCAGGAGGAGUCCCUAGCUUGCAAGAGGAGUCCCUAGCUUUCAAGAGGAGUCCCUAGCGUGCAAGAGGAGUCCCUAGCUUGCAGGAGGAGUCCCUAGCUUGCAAGAGGAGUCCCUAGCUUGCAGGAGGAGUCCCUAGCUUGCAAGAGGAGUCCCUAGCGUGCAAGAGGAGUCCCUAGCGUGCAAGAGGAGUCCCUAGCUUGCAGGAGGAGUCCCUAGCUUGCAAGAGGAGUCCCUAGCUUGCAAGAGGAGUCCCUAGCGUGCAAGAGGAGUCCCUAGCUUGCAGGAGGAGUCCCUAGCUUGCAAGAGGAGUCCCUAGCGUGCAAGAGGAGUCCCUAGCUUGCAGGAGGAGUCCCUAGCUUGCAAGAGGAGUCCCUAGCUUGCAGGAGGAGUCCCUAGCUUGCAAGAGGAGUCCCUAGCUUGCAAGAGGAGUCCCUAGCGUGCAAGAGGAGUCCCUAGCUUGCAGGAGGAGUCCCUAGCUUGCAAGAGGAGUCCCUAGCUUGCAGGAGGAGUCCCUAGCUUGCAAGAGGAGUCCCUAGCUUGCAGGAGGAGUCCCUAGCUUGCAAGAGGAGUCCCUAGCUUGCAAGAGGAGUCCCUAGCUUGCAAGAGGAGUCCAUAACGUGCAGGUUGUGAGUGGAACAUUAAUUUAGCAUCCAGUGCAAUUUUCUAUGUAUUCUUGGCUUAUGGUAAACAUUCCAUUGUGAUGACUGAGAUCGGACUGUCAGAGCUAUGUUGUAUGCCAUAACUUGUAACGUGAGUUGUGUCAGUUUAGUAAAUAGUCUUGUUCCACUCCAAAUCAUUAAUUACAAAUGUAGUAUUUAAUGAUUCUAUUUUACUGUAAAUGUCUUCUUAGAAACAGCAAAAUAAGAUACCUAAGUAGUAGUUUUCUUAAUUUUUGUGGUUCCGUAACUUUUUCGGACAAUUGCUAUACUCUUAAUUGUCCUGCAGGCAAUUUAUUUGUAGCAGAUGGCUGUUGAUAAAUAUAAUUAUUUUGUUUCUGUUUUUUUUUUUUUAAAGGUUUCAUCCAAAGAUGUCUCAAAUUUUACAUUACCCUUAGCCCACUUCAUUCACUUAUUUUUGUACUUUGAUAAUAGUGGUAUUGCAAAUACAUAUAAGCAAUGAAAAGGAGUCAAAAGACACCCUGAAUAGUAGGGUAGUGAUAAGAAAUAUUAUCUCUUUUAUUUGUACUUGUAGUUUAGAUAAAUAACACACAUUCUCUAAUUUGCAUGAAGUGUGAUAAAAUAAUUUAAGAAAUAAAAUCACUGUAUCUGUGAAAAUAAUGGCAAUGUGUGUGAACUUGAGUCUCUGUCCAUCAAGCUGUUUGUUCAGAAGUUUCUUGGAUAAUUUUUUAUGUCACCAAGUCUCAAAUUUCUGUUUAGCGUCAUAUGUCCAUGUAUGUUGGUAGCAGUGGGGAUGUGUGGUUGCCUCUCACGCAACCAAAAACCAAUAAUUUAAGGUCUUGAUAAAUUAACACUAUACCCACUUUUUUUUAUAACUGAUGUAUAUUUGAAAUUUUUUAAAAAUAAAUCUACUCUUUGUUCAUA